AUGCACCGCUGACAACCACACGAGCACCGCCAACUGCGACAUGGCGAAUGAAUUUUGUGGUCUGGAUGAACGCAUGGAACACCUUUUUUCAGGCUUGUCUUUGUGGUUUUAUGUGGGGGUAUGAACAGAUACAACCGUCUGUCUUGGAGCACUGGCUUUUUUGUCGCAAUCGCUUGUAUUGUCGCCGCCCUUGGCGGAAUUAUGAUGGGAUUGGAAGGCAGAAAGGUGAAGAGAGUCGAAGGUGUGCCACUCAAAACUUACCUGGUCUUAGAUGAUGCAGAAGCACCACAGGGCUCUAAUCUGAAAAUUGUAGAUGAGAGAGACGACCUCAGCGCCCAGACCAUCAAGACUGAAGACAUUCCCAAGGAUCCGUCAUUGACUGGCUGA